AUGGGUGUUGUGAAAAAUCACAAAAAGAAUAAAACAAAAAACGAUGCGAAGAAAAUCGAAGUGGUGAAUGGAAAACCUGCUAAAGACGAGAAUAAAGUGAAAAAGAAAAAGAAAGUGUCGUGUUUACAGUGCAUCAAGUCGCCCGAUGAUGGUGGUGUAGAAGGCAAAUACCGAGUAGCAGCGCCAGAGCUCAUGCAGGACACCUUCAUGAGCGACUCAGAAGACGAAGGAGGUGAAGUGGAGUGUCCAAUUCAGCAGCAACAGCAAUAUCGCUACAUGAACAGCGAAGCGGGCACAUUGCACCGAGCGAAGCCGCUCGAGGACAGCGUCACCGAUGGCCACCGGUGGCCGAGCAACAAUGACAAGAAGGUGGCCACUAUCGAACGACAGCCCGUCGACAUCGGGUUCUUAGUGUCGUUCGUAGUGGAUGCCCGCGGUGGCGCUAUGAAAGCGAAACGCCGUGGCGGCGUCCGCAUCAUCGUACCGCCAGCUGCGUGUGCGGCGCCAACACGUGUCACAUGCCGAGCGGCAACACGACGCGCGCCGGCCGCGGCGCCGCCGCCACUAAUGGAGGGAGAAGCCCUAGCUUCGAGACUCUUGGAGUUACAACCACAGGGAGCUAAGUUUUUGGCCCCUGUAAUAAUCGAAGUGCCAAUAUUCACGGCGUCGUGUCGCGAGCGGGAGAUAGUUAUACUGCGUUCCGACACCGGCGAGACCUGGCAAGAUCACUAUCUACACAAUAACGACAAUCCCAUGAUACAAGAGGCACUGACACGCGAGCGACAAGAAUACGGGCCCAGCGGCGAGACGCUAGGCGAGAACGGCGAGCGCGUGACGCGCAUAGUGACGUGCGACUUCCCGCACUACCUGGCCGUGGUGUCGCGGGUGCGCCAGGAGGUGCACGUGAUCGGACCCGAGGGCGGCACCGUCUCCAGCGCACACAUCCCGCAGGUGCAGGCGCUGUUCCCGGCGCAGGCGCUGACGAAGCGCAUCCGCGUGGGGCUGCAGGCGCACGGCGCGGCGCCCGAGCUGGUGCGCCGCGUGCUGCCGCGCCACGCCGCCGCCUCGCCCGUGCUCACCGUGGAGCCGCGCCGCCGCAAGUUCCACCGCGCCAUCACGCUUACCGUGCCGCUGCCCGCUCAGCAACAGGGUGCAGUGCACGACAAGCAGUCCACAGCAAACCUCCGGCUGCUGUGCUCUAUCAUGGGAGGACAGGCGCGGGCCGUGUGGGAAGACGUCACGGGUUCGACCCCGCUCACUCUCACUGAGGACUGUGCUUCUUUCACCACCACAGUCUCAGCAAGAUUCUGGUUGAUGAAUUGUCAGAACGUUAGCGACGCCACCAAACUAGCGACCGAGUUGUACAGAGAAAUGUUGCUCGUGCCGUUCGAAGUACGUAUUGUGAUACUGGGCAAGAGGCUGGACGCUCUGGAGGGAAGGUUGCUGGUGCUCUAUAUUACAGACAGAUACGCGUACGACACGCUUAUACAACAAGAACACUACACAGAGAUCGCGCAUUCAACAGCGGUGCGGUUUUUGGAUGGAAAGGAUGUCUAUCUGGAGUUCUCAGGCAACCUAGUGCCCGUCACAAAGUCCGGAAGUCAACCCAUGUUAACUUUUGAGGCUUUCAAAGACAACCGAGUAGAAUUCACAGUACGAGUGAAGCAUCACGAAGAAAAACCAUCAGGUCGAGUGUACUUCAUGAAUGAACCCAAGGUUGCCAAAGGCGAACAGUCACAAACCCCGGCCUGCGUGCUGGAUGUGGAAUUACCGGAGAGUAUUGCACCGAGAGCUGCUAAGAGUCAGAUUGAUUACCUGAAUUUGGAUCAGUCUGGCUUUGAUGCCCUAAAAGACGAAUUGAGUUUCCAUUGGGGUGACCAUAACCAUAGCUUGGGACCUAACUCAUUAUCUUAUCAUGAUCAUCAAGUCAAUGGACAUGAUAAAAUUAUUACAAAUGGUGAUGUUAAAUAUCCUUCAAAGGAUACAGAAGACAAAAGUACAAAACCACAAGCUAAUGGAGGUACGUUGCACGUUGACUCGAACAAAACAAAAGCCACAUUCGAUUCGGACGAAGACAAAACGCCGAUGAACACAUUAGAAAAAGGCAAAAAGAAAACAGAAGGCGGUUCCUUCUUUGGCGGUAUAGCCGACAAGGUCAAAAAUGUAUUCAGUCACAGUGAAGAUAAAGAAGAGGAUGUCAAGGAAUCUUCACCUACACCUGAACCCAAGCCACGAGAAUCAAAAGAAAAAACUCCACCAAAACCAGCGCCUAGAAUAAUAAAAGAAGAUUUGCUUGAAAAGGUUGACGAUAUGUUCAAAGACCUAAAGACAAAACCACACAGAAACGAAGAUGACGAUUUAGAAAGUCAAGUAUAUUCCACAAAGUUAAUUGUAGAUGAAGAAAGCGAACGACCAGCUGGUCUUCACGCUGUAACAGAGGAAGUGUAUCAGCAGUAUGAAAAUAUGCAACCAGUAGAUACUCCCCUAAGAAUUCAGAAAUCUGAUCCGUUCCAAUUUUACACAGGGUGCUGCGAAGGAAAGUAUAAAGGAUUAAAACACCGACACGAUGAAACUUCUAAUUUGAUUGAUAGGGUCGAACAAAUAAAUUUUACGGCAAAUGAAAAACUUGAGAUAGAUUGUUUGGAUAAGCUCGAAAAGGAGAAGGACGAUAUUAAACAAAAGUCUAAAGAGGUGACUGAGGACUUGAUUGUCAGAACUGAAGCCGUUACGAAAGACCUCAGAGAUAAAAGUAAUGAUUUAAAGUCGACUAUUGAAGAUAAAGUAAAGGAAUCAGAAAAUGCACUUAAUGAUCAAUUAAACAAAUUAAAUGAUGAUGCUAAUGAAAAGAAAGCACAAUUGCAAUCAAAUAUUAAAUUAGAAAUUGAAAAUGCUAAAUCGUCUACUAAAGAUACUCUUCAACAAUUAGCGGAAGAUACUAAUCUUGUUAAAAGCAAAAUAGAGAAUAAAGCGGAUGAACUUGAUUUUGCUGCUAGGGAAAGGGCCGAAGAACUUAAAUUGAGGGGACUCGAUAAAAUACAAGAUUUAGAAGAACAUCUCGCAAAUGCGACAGAAAAUGUUAGUAAAAAGUCAAAAGAAAUCGCUGAUUCAGUACAUGAUGUAGAAGAUAAAUUGAAUCAUGAGGCACAAGAUAUUAAAGUGGCUUUUGAAAAUAAAAAAGACAACUUUAAAGAUGCAGCAAACCAAAAAAUUAAUGAUAUCAAUGAAUCCAUCGAUAGUGCAAAGGAAAAAAGCCAGAAAGCUGCUGCUGAUGUCAAAUCUAAAGCUAGCGAGAAAAAAGAUCAAAUUGAAACUGAAGUGAAAAAGAAGAAAAAGGAAGGGAAGAACUUUUUCACUGGACUUGUACACAAUAUAUUUGGGGAGAAAGACAAAAUUGAAAACGAAGUAAAAGAAAAGGCAUCUGAAACACAAGAAUAUGCAGAUCAACUUAUAAAACAAACUUCGGACAAAAAAGAUGAAAUAUGUGACAAAUUAGAAGACGGUAAGAAAGCUGCUGAAAAGAUAGCACAGGAAGAAAAAGAUAACGUCAAAGAAAAGGCUUCAGAAUCGAAGGAAUCAGCUAAUCAGUUAAUACAAAAGUCAUCAUCUAAAAAGGAUCAAAUUGAAGAAAAUCUUAAAAGAAAGAAGGACGAAUUAAGCGAAGAUAUUGAACAUGCUAUACAAACUACUAAAGAUAAAACGGCUGAUGUAGAACAUGAAGUAAAACAAAAGAAAGAGGAAGCAGAGAAAGCUAUUAUUGAUAAGACAAAAGAAGUUAAUGCCGUCGUUGAUGACAAAAAGCAAGAACUAACGAAGGCUAUCGAAAACAAAAUAGACGACAUAAGGCAUGCAAAAGAUGAUUUGCAGAGUGAAGCUCAGAGCCAACUAGAAAGGAUAUGGCAAGAAGCUGUGGCGACGACAGAAGAAAUUAAAAAAUCUGGAGACGUUAUUGUGAAAAUCGCUUCCAAUAAAACAUCAGACAUACAAAAUAACGUUUCAAACAAAAUCGAAGACUUAAAAGAAUCCGGCAAUGAAGAACUUCAUAAAGUACAAAAUGUAGCUAUUAAUAAAGCUAGUGACGUUCAGAAAUCCUCGGAGCAUGCGUUUGAUGAUAUUCAAGAAUCGACCUUGAGCGCUUUUGAUAAAGUCGAAAGUUCUGCUAAGGACAAAGCGAACAGUGUUAAAGAUACGUGGGAAGACUUACACAGUUCAACAAGGGACACUUACGCUGAUAUGAAGGACGAUGUGACAAGUUUGGAAAAUUCAGCACAGGAUACGUUGCAUAGUUUUCAAAGUUCCGCCGGAAAUACGUUCGACAGUUUGGACGAUUCAGUAAAAGAAUAUGUUAGUGGUGCUCAAAACACUGUACAAAAUGUCGAAUCAAACUCUAAAGAGUUGUUUGGAGAUAUGAGAAAUACCUUUGAAGGCUUCCAAAUAUCAGCUGACAACAAUCUAGAGGAUGUUAAAGCAUCUGCCAAGGAGGGCGUAGAACACGCCGGUGCGCGGUUGGAAGAAACAAAAGAAGCAGUAAAAAAUGAUUUUAAAGAUGCUGAAGAAAUUAUGACUAAUACUAUAACGAGUGGAGCUGACAAACUUGCGAGCGGUUUUGAUGCUUUAGGAAGCCACGCUUUUGGAGUUUUUGACCAAGGCGGAAAAAAAGAUUCCUCAACAAAAUUACUGGAGUCGGAAAAAGCACAGUCUUCCCCUUACAAGAAAAGUUCUGGAUUCUUCUCAAAAUUACGACGCAACCCAUGA